GCGCUGCCUCCAGUCCCAUCUGUCUAAAGUUUCACUGUGAUUUCUUUUUUCACCCUGGGCUACAAUAAAACUAGUGCAGUGGGUCCCACCCAGAAAGGAACCUUGUGAGCUGCUGGGAAAAAGGCAAAACCAAACUAGGGGGUGAAAACACCUUUUUUCGGAAUCCACUCUCCAGCGAAGCCCUGAGCGAGCCGGCUGCCUCCCAUAUCUGUGCUCUAUACACUUGGCUCUUACUGGAAAAGAAGAAACGCAACAGAUCUCUGGCGUGGAACAUAAGCAAAAAAACAUCUUAAUACUGGUGGACGCUUGGAUUUAAGCAGCAACAGGAGCCGGAGAAGUUUGGAAUCGGUGGAAACUUAACAGCUGCUUUUCAGAACUCUUCCCCCCCCCCCCCCAGGCAGGCCCAAGACUCAGCUCGACAGUUUAACGAACAUCUGGGACUAUUUGUUGGAGAAGACUUUCUGUAUAACCAAAUAAUUCAGACACAAGCCAAAAAAAAGCAAUGUUCCUGAACCUGGCAGGCCUGUAAAACUAGGAUUUUGCUCAUAGCUUGGCAUGAAACGACCUGCCAAUCUGCAUGUUGGCGCAUACACGGAGCCAAAGGCAAACGUUUGGGAAGAGCAGGUAAAAUGAAGAAUCCAUUAUCGCUUCUUACCUUUGCUUUGGUACUGCAAUCUGUUUACUCGGCUAGAAGGCAUAAAAGACAGAGCGAUUUCUGGGACAACUGGAGUGACUGGGGAGAAUGCAGUCGGUCCUGUGGUGGAGGAGUAAGUUUCCGAGAGCGUCAAUGUUACUCUCGCAGGCCAGAUGGGGGAUCCAAUUGUAUUGGACCAUCUAGAAACUAUCGUUCAUGCAAUGUGCAGGAAUGCCCUGAAGGGUCCCGAGAUUUUCGUGCUGAACAGUGUUCAGAAUAUGAUGGGAUGGAAUUCCAGGGGAAAAGGUACAAGUGGCUGCCUUAUUAUGGAGCAUCCAAUAAGUGUGAGUUAAAUUGCAUACCCAAAGGAGAGAAUUUUUACUAUCGGCACAAGAUGGCUGUGCUGGAUGGAACUCCAUGUGAACCAGGCAGACGAGACAUCUGUGUAGAGGGUGUGUGCAAGACGGUUGGUUGCGAUAACGUAAUGGAUUCAUCCAAGAGAGAGGACCGUUGUUUGGUAUGUGGAGGGGAUGGAAGCUCGUGCUAUGAAGUCAAAGGUUCAUACGACUCUCCUACACUAUCCAAAGGGUAUAGCCAGCUCUUCACCAUCCCAAAAGGUGCCAUCAAUAUUCAAAUUAAGGAAGUUUCACCUACAAGGAACUUUAUAGCUGUAAAGAAUGCACGUGGAGAAUAUUACCUGAACGGACACUGGACUAUUGAAUACGGUCGUGCCCUGCAUGUAGCCAACACUGUUCUUCAUUACUAUCGAGGCACCGAAGGAGAUGUGGCACCGGAAGUACUGACAGCCAGAGGACCAACUACUGAGCCUCUAGUUAUUGAGCUUAUUGGGCAGGAACCUAACAGAGGAGUACAUUAUGAAUACUAUCUGCCUAAUGGAAUUGAAGGAGAUGACUAUCAGUGGAGCUAUGGAUCCUGGACAGAGUGCAGUGCAGAAUGUGGUGGAGGUUACCAGUCCCGCUUGGUGUUCUGCACUAUAGAUAAUGAAGGCUAUCCGGAUUAUAUGUGUUCAGGGAGACCUGCUCCACCAAGCAACAGGACCUGUAGCACACAUUCGUGCCCACAGACAAAAAGGAUGUCUUACUUAUAUCAGCCGACAAUGUGGAGUCGUAUAGUGAACACAAAAAUGACCAGCUGGAAGGUUGGAGAGUGGGGACCAUGCACAACUACAUGUGGGGGAGGCACUCAGACCCGUUCAGUAUACUGUGUUACAUAUGAAGGCAGAGCUUCCCAGCAGGCGGUGAAUGACGCAGAGUGCACUGCAUUCACAGAAAAACCCGCUACUCAACAAGUCUGCAACCUCCGGGCUUGUGCUAAAUGGAACACCGGGUCCUGGACACAAUGUUCAACAGAGUGUGGAGAAGGAAUUCAGAAACGAACAGUAACUUGCAAAACGGACACUGGCGCCAUUGUUCAGGAAACAGCCUGCAUGCACCAAGUAAAACCAGCCGAUAACCAGCUAUGCUACGGCGAGAACUGCGUUCAGGAAAUUGGCUGGCAUAUCGGAGAAUGGGGCCUGUGCUCCAAAAGCUGUAACAAUGGUAUCAGAAAACGUCAGGUGAUCUGUGCGGACAACGAUCGAAACUUCUAUGAACCGGAGACGUGUGAAGCCUAUGAGCCUGAUAAGCCGGCUGUGAUUGAGAGUUGUAAUAUGCAGCCAUGUUACCUGCCACAGCAGGUUCCAAGUAUGCAAGACACAUGGGGCUAUGACAAUUCAGAUCAGUUCUCACUUACACGUUACAAACAGCCCACCCCCUCCCCUUCUCCUAGAAGAGAAGAUAAUUUUAUCCCCACAAAUUCUGGAGACUGCAGGUACAGCAGGUAUGGGUGCUGCCCUGAUGGCGUAACAGCUGCCGAAGGUCGCAACAAUGAAGGAUGUCCUAGUGAAAGAAACACAAGAGCUGACACUUUAAUGCCUUCAGAUGAAUGCAGAACCUCUCAAUAUGGAUGCUGCUUUGAUAACGUCAAUAAAGCCUCUGGUCCUGUUGGUGAAGGAUGUCACAGUAAACCCGGUUAUGGUUUUCCAACAAUGUGCUUGCUCCCGAGCGCCCUAGGGUCAUGCAGUGACUGGACCACUCGCUGGUACUUCGUGCCAGAUGUUGGGAAGUGCAAUCGGUUCUGGUACGGUGGCUGCCAUGGUAACAAAAACAAUUUUGAAACUGAAGAAGAAUGUAUGAGCUCCUGCCAGAAGAUUCCAGGAAGGACAACCGGUACCAUAGAGUACCGGUACCGCAAGCGUGGAAUGAAAUGGGAUCGCAUGUCACAUGAACGUCCAGGGAUUGAGGAUGGUACAGCUUUUGGAAAUGAACCUUUGCAACGCCCUCAGGCCACAAUUAGAACCCUAGACCAAGACCCUGAAGGACGACAUAUUGCUGGAUAUGGGGUGGAUAGAAGCAAUACUGGUUAUGGAGUAUCUCAACCAUCCACAGAACUUACAAGAUAUGGGCCAACCGCAGAAGAAGGUUCUUCAAAUCGUCAGUCGUCUGUCUACCGAUUUAUUUUGGAUAAAGCAGAAUCUUCAGCGAUGGAGGCACCAAUUGGACAAACUAUCCGACUUCUCUGCAGGGUCAGUGAUUACCCUUACCCAAGAGUGGAGUGGCAAAAAGAUGGAAGUCCUGUAUCCUCCACCAGACACACAUAUCAGUCAGACAGUUCUUUAGUAAUCAACAAUGUCCGUCCUGAAGAUGCUGGCACGUACACAUGUAUGGUUUCAAGCGGAAAUCGUAGAGAGACACACAGAGUGCGGCUUCAAGUGACAGGAUUGGAGAUACGUGAGCAUCAAAGACCACACGCCAGUGGUCACAAGAGUGGCCCUCGUGAAGAUAUGAGAAGAGACCCUCUUGCUGCACAGACAUCAAGAGACAACUCGCAGAACAAUCGCAGUGCCCAUUCGGGGAGAAGGACAAUUGUAACAGGACCUGUGGCGGUGGAAGCAAAUCUUGGCCAUCGAACAAGACUAUCUUGCCAUCUUGAAAUAUCUCCCAGCACUACAGUAGAAUGGCAAAAAGAUGGGAGGCCAUUGCCUUCUCCUAGGUACAGGAAGCACGCGGAUGGUUCCCUUGUCAUAAGUCGUGUGAACUCAGAGGAUGAUGGACUUUACACAUGUGCGACAACUACUGGAUCCCGAAGGGAGUUCAAACAAAUACAACUUAAAAUUAAAGGGGAGCUGAAAAUCACUGAGCCGCCCAGCAGCGUUACUGUGUCAGAAGGAGAAGAUGCCUCUCUGCGCUGUGGGGUGAGAGGUGACAAUGCCAAUGUUCAGUGGUCAAGGAAUGGUGUCCCAGUGCAACCAGAUGGACAACAUACCUAUGUAUCCCAUGAUGGCAACCUGUUUAUAAGGAACACCAAAGCAGCAGAUGAGGGAUCCUAUACAUGCAAUGCUUAUAGCGGCACACAUUCUGUCAGCGCUAGUGCAGAAGUCCGAGUAAACAAGCAAAAAGCAGCAAAUCCCAAUAGCGAGUGCAUUGACCACCCUGAAUUAGCCAACUGUGACCUUAUUGUUUACGCCCAGCUUUGUGCCAACGAGUACUAUGGCAGCUUCUGUUGUGCCAGCUGCUCUAGACAUCGGCGGGAACACAGUCAAAGACACCAAGGCUGAAAGACUUUUCUGAAACACAUCCAUGCUUAAAUGAUGGCGAACAACCUGGAGCCACCUUGUCCGCCUCAAUGCCCUUGGAUGUGUGAAUUACAAAAAAGGCGAUACGACAUAAGCUUGGAGGUUGCUCCUGGAGGCAUCACUUACAUGUGUAUAUGCAUCGACCAUGCUGGAUUGACACUCUACCAUAAACCUUGCUGUACUGUAGCAUUUGUUUCUUUCUAAACCUCCCCCCUCCCUUUCCUAAAAUUUUCACCUGUUAAGAUUUGUAAAAGUUUUAUUGUGUCACAUUUUCUCAUAAGAUAUAGAAUGGUAAAAUGUGUAAAACGUUUUAAAGUGUUGUGAUAGAUGUGAACUUUACAAGAUAACGAAGAGGCGAGUCAUGAGGUCAAGUUCUCUGACAUCCAUCUUUCUUUCUCUCGUUUGGUGUAGUAUAUAGGAUAUUUUGUAUAAUUUCUGUGUCUGUUUUUCCUAUUUCACAACAUAAAAUGAAUCAUUUGUGACAGCACCAACAGGACUGAAUGAUCAAUUGUGCCAUGUGACAAGAGAACCAUUGAAGUCAAAGGGAAAAAGUGCACUACCCUUUGUUGCAUGGCUGACUGCAACUUUUGUAAGGCCUCAUUUCAUCGUGAAUGAAGCUUAAAAGAGAACUCCAGAAUAGAAAAAU